AUGAAUAUAGAACAGAUCUCAACACAAACACUGUACAAGACGCUACGGUGCCGUAGCAACGCACUACAGCAACUUAACGUCAAUGGGCGAAAACCGUGCCACGGCAGCUACGUCACUGUAGCGAUGCGCUCCCUUGGGAUAGCGCAUCGCUAUGGCGACAUAGCAGCUAAAAAUAACUGCACUGUGCAGAUGAUUGAUGAGGACACUUAUUUCUCUCUCUUUCGUAUUAACCAAGCAGAUAAUCUAAGCGAUGCAUUAAAGAAGCUGAAGAUAACAGCCACUGACAGCACAGCAGAUAGCUUGGAGGGAUGCUUGGAUUGUCUGCUACAAGCCCUGGCUCAAAACAAUAUUGAGACAAGUGAAAAAAUCCAGAAAAGUGGGAUUCUCCAGGUGUUUGCAAGUCUGUUGACUCCACAGUCUUCCAGCACGGCAAAAGUAGCUAACAUCAUAGCAGAAGUAGCCAAAAAUGAGUUUAUGCGGAACCCAUGUGUGGAUGCUGGGCUGAUCCCUCCACUGGUGCAGCUCUUAAAUUGCAAAGACCAGGAAGUGCUGCUACAAACAGGACGUGCCCUGGGCAACAUAUGCUAUGAUAGCCAUGAGGGCAGGAGUGCAGUUGACCAUGCAGGUGGUGCACAGAUUGUAGUAGACCAGUUAAGGUCACUGUGCAGUAAAACAGAUCCAGCCAGUGAGAAGCUCUUGACUGUCUUUUGUGGCAUGCUGGUGAACUAUAGCAAUGAGAAUGAUACUCUGCAAUCUCAGCUUAUCAAUAUGGGUGUUGUCCCUACAUUAGUGAAAUUGUUGGGCAUUCAUUGUCAAAAUGCAGCUCUGACUGAAAUGUGCCUUGUUGCAUUUGGAAAUUUAGCAGAACUUGAAUCAAGCAAAGAACAGUUUGCCUACACAAACAUUGCUGAAGAGCUUGUAAAACUAUUCAAGAAGCAAAUAGAACAUGACAAAAAAGAGAUGAUUUUUGAAGUUUUGGCUCCUCUGGCAGAAAAUGACAUCAUUAAGCUGCAACUGGUUGAAGCAGGUCUGGUUGAAUGCCUACUCGAGAUUGUCCAGAAGACUGUAGACAGUGACAAAGAGGAUGACAUUGCUGAGCUUAAAACAGCCUCUGAUCUUAUGGUUUUAUUACUACUUGGAGAUGAAUCCAUGCAGAAAUUAUUUGAAGGAGGAAAAGGGAGCGUGUUCCAAAGGGUGCUUUCAUGGAUUCCUUCCAAUAACCAUCAACUACAGCUUGCAGGUGCACUGGCCAUUGCAAAUUUUGCCAGAAAUGAUGGAAAUUGCAUCCACAUGGUGGAUAAUGGCAUAGUUCAAAAGCUGAUGGAUCUACUAGACAGACAUGUGGAAGAUGGAAAUGUAACUGUGCAGCAUGCAGCACUGAGUGCACUUAGAAACCUGGCAAUUCCAGUUGUAAAUAAGGCUAAGAUGCUAUCAGCUGGCGUUGCAGAAGCAGUGUUGAAAUUUCUCAGAUCUGAAAUGCCCCCUGUUCAAUUCAAGCUUCUGGGAACGUUACGAAUGUUAAUAGAUGCACAAGCAGAUGCAGCUGAACAGCUGGGAAAGAAUGUGAAAUUAGUUGAAAGGUUGGUGGAAUGGUGUGAAGCCAAAGACCAUGCAGGUGUGAUGGGAGAAUCCAACAGACUGCUUUCUGCACUGAUACGACACAGCAAAUCAAAAGAUGUAAUUAGGACCAUUGUUCAGAGCGGUGGCAUCAAGCAUUUAGUUACUAUGGCAACUAGCGAACAUGUAAUAAUGCAAAAUGAAGCUCUUGUUGCUCUGGCACUAAUAGCAGCUCUGGAGUUAGUCACUGCUGAGAAAGAUAUUGAAAAUGCUCAGUUAGUCCAGAUCCUACACAGACUGCUCUCAGAUGAGAGGAGUGCGCCAGAAAUCAAGUACAAUUCCAUGGUGCUGAUCUGUGCCCUCAUGGGAUCUGAGCCCCUUCACAAGGAAGUGCAGAGCCUGUCGUUUCUAGAAGUUGUAUCAAAACUCCGCAGCCAUGAGAACAAGACUGUUGCCCAGCAGGCCUCACUUACAGAGCAGAGACUCGCAGUAGAAAGCUGAGGAAAGUCUCCAAUUUCCACACAGUAUCCCAUCACAGAUUUCACCUUCGUCCUCUGUCCUGCUGCCGCUCCUGCUAUGUUUUCCACUGUAUCACUUGUGCAUGCGUGUAAUGUUCCCCACACACAUUGAUGAACUGCUGUAGGUACUUGUCCAAUAAGGUUUCUAAAAUCCAUAGGUGGUGUUAACAUGAACCUGUCAAAAAAGGUCUCCACCCAUCACUGUUCUACUUGUAUUCUUGUUGCUUGGGCCACAUAGUAGAAUGUGCAUGUUGUAGUCCUAUGAUGAUGUAAAAGUGGUACUACAUGAUGACUCUUUCCUCAUACCCCUAACUGCAUAAUAAUGUACUGCUAAAUUAGGGACAAUACAGGAUGCAGCAAGUCCAGACUAGGGUAUUGAUUAUAGAAUUAAGUGGUAAAUCUAGCUCCAUUUUUGGUGCUUUGAAAACACAGGAAUGAUUUAAAUGUAUUGCUGCUCAUUCACUGGUCUCGCCUAUUAAUGUCAAACUCAUGGUACCUAGAGGUAACAAAUAAAAAUUCCAGUGCGCGCUCACUUUA